CCUUUCGUUUGCCCUGUAUUCAUUGACAUCUGGGAGAGGGAGAGGAUUCGGCUAUCCGCUCACCUUCCUGCCUCCAAUCCGAUCUCUCUUCCUCGUUCCGGGCUUCGCGCGGUGGAUGCGGCAUUGCGAUCCGGAUGGGAAACAUCCCCACCGCUGCCGCUGCCGCUGCCGCGGCCACCCCUCCCGGAGCUCUCACUCGUUCCGGUAGCACUGGCAGGAUCGGGAGGCGUCAGGCGAGGAGGAAUGACGAAGAGCGAAGAGAAGCUAAUCAGAGAGGCGCGUCGAUUCGGGAGGAUCGGCUGCAUGCCCUUCCGGGACGGAUCUUCUCGAACGAGGGCAGAAGCUGCACCGCUUCCAUCUACACGCAGCAGGGCCGCAAGGGGAUAAACCAGGACGCCAUGAUUCUGUGGGAAGACUUCGGCGGCAACGGGGGCGUGCUAUGCGGUGUGUUCGACGGCCACGGCCCUUACGGCCACCUCGUUGCUCGAAAGGUGAGGGAUGCUCUCCCCCUCAAGCUCCUCUCCUUUCUCCCUGGCGGUGGCAACCGCCGCAAAGGUGUGAGCCUGCCGUGUUGCGGCAUAGGGAGGAGAAGCGACCUGCCGGUGCAAGAUCCUUCCUUCUGCGUGGAGGAGCCGUUGUUCUCGGCCUGGAAGGAAGCCUUCGUGCGGUCGUACAAGGCCAUGGACAAGGAGCUCCAUUCUCACUCCUCCCUCGAUUGUUUUUGCAGCGGCAGCACUGCCGUAAUCUUGCUCAAGCUGCAUUCGAACCUUUUCAUCGCAAAUAUUGGGGAUUCCCGAGCUGUCCUGGGUUGCAGAGAUGACAUCUCUGGCUCGUUGCGUGCCGUGCAGCUGACGGUUGAUCUCAAACCCGACCUUCCAAGAGAAGCUGAGCGAAUCAAGAAAUGUCAAGGAAGAGUUUUUGCACUGCAGGAUGAACCGGAAGUGCCGAGGGUAUGGCUGCCUUUCGAUAACGCUCCUGGUCUAGCAAUGGCUAGGGCUUUCGGAGACUUCUGUUUGAAGGAUUACGGAGUGAUCUCAGUUCCAGAGUUAUUCCACUGGUCACUCACCGAGAAGGAUCACUUUGUUGUUCUUGCUUCUGAUGGCGUCUGGGAUGUACUCGGCAAUGAAGAUGUCAUUGAAAUUGUCUCAUCUUCUCCUUCUCGAUCAUUGGCUGCAAAGGUCCUUGUUGAAGCUGCUGCUCGAGAAUGGAAGCUCAAGUAUCCAACUUCAAAAAUGGAUGACUGUGCAGUGGUUUGCCUCUACUUGGACGACAAGAAGGAUGUCUCUGUGUCUGAAUCUUUGGAUAACAGCUCUACAUCGUUCAUUUAUCCUGGCAAUGAAGAUUCCAAAGUUGAAACCGAUGAAGCACAAGAUUCUGAACCCACAUUAGACCGGAAUUUCACAGUCAGAAACACCAGGAUAGCAGCUGCUCUGGACGAACAAGGUUCAGAAUGUUUUAAAGAGGAUGGGAACUGGUCAGGCCUGGAAGGGGUGACCCGAGUUAACUCCAUUGUUCAACUUCCAAGAUUUACAAAUGAUGAAAAUGAACAGUGAGGCUUGAUUGAUGAAGCAUUUAGGAAGUAUAGUCCUUUCUUUCUUCAUUCAUUAAGGCGACUUGUAAAUGCUUCAACUAAUCAACUUUUCAGGGGCUUUGCGUGAA